AUGGGGUUACAAAAUGUAUGCACGUGCGGGAAAGUCAAGCUAUUUGUAUCAUUCGAAGUCGAAGGUGACAGUCAAUUGAUAGUUAUUGAUUCGAAUAUUGGAUCAGCUGGUAAUAUUGUGAUUCGACUCACGCAAAAUUUACCUCCAAACGCAUUUAUUGCUUAUGAUAAUUAUUUUGCAACUAUUAGGUUAAUUAAAUUUCUAAAUACUAAACAAUAUCAUGUUGUAUCCACAAUGAGAUCAAAUCGUUUAAAUUCCUCUUUAUUAAAAUCUGAUAAACAGCUGAAGCAAGAAGGGAGAGGUUCAUUCGAUUCUCUGACUACUGAUAAUGGUCAUAUAGUAGUUACAAAAUGGUUUGACACUAAAGCAGUUUACAUACUCUCAAACUGUUUUGGUCCGACACCUGUCGGUGAAUCCAAAAGGUUCGAUCGAAAAAGUAACACUCAUAUAACAAUAUCACGACCAUAUUCAAUAAAUGGAUACAAUCAAUGCAUGGGUGGUGUUGACUCAUUUGAUAUGCUCAUGAGUUUAUAUCGAAUUCAAUUGAAAGGAAACAAGUGGUAUCGAAAAUUCUUUUACAAUUUCUUGGAUUCUUCUAUCAUCAAUUCGUGGCUCAUUUACACACAAAUAACGUCUUCUGAAGUUGAUCUUUUGAAUUUCAAGUUGAGUUUAGCUCAAGAAUUGGUUAUAUCCCUUGUCGAUAUCCGGUUACAAUCAUUUGCUACGACUGAUAUUUCAAGAUAUGAUCAAAUCGGACAUUUCCCUAGUUG